UUGAAAUAUGACAAUUCAAUUCUUGCAGUUUUAUGCGUAUUUUAUUUAAUUUUUCAGUUGCAUUUGCAAAUUCCAUGUUGAAUUUAUUCGUCUUGUUGUUUAAGUCUCCUUUAUUUUCUUCGAAAUAGAAUUUCUAUAGCACUCUUUACAAAAUGGACACAAAUGGAGAAACUAAAACAAUUUCCACUAAUGGAACAGAAGUUCCAAAUCCUGAUGAACAACAAUACCUAGAUCUUAUCCAGAAAAUCAUCAACAAAGGCGUGGCUCGUUCUGAUCGCACAGGAGUGGGCACUCUAUCACUUUUCGGGGCACAAAUGCGUUUCGAUAUGCGUGAGUGUUUUCCAUUGUUGACAACAAAGCGUGUCUUCUGGCGAGCAGUAGCCGAGGAGCUCAUCUGGUUCGUCCAUGGCAAAACCGACUCAAAGCUGCUGCAGGAGAAGAACAUUCACAUCUGGGAUGGAAAUAGCACACGUGAGUUUCUUGAUAAAUGUGGUUUCACCGACCGCGAAGAGGGUGACUUGGGUCCGGUCUAUGGAUUUCAAUGGCGUCAUUUCGGUGCAACUUAUCGCACUUGUCAUGAUGACUACACCGGUGAGGGAAUCGAUCAAUUGAAUGAGGUGAUUAAUCGCAUUCGUGAGAAUCCCACUGAUCGUCGCAUAAUUAUGAGUGCAUGGAAUCCGUGUGAUCUGCCUAAGAUGGCAUUGCCGCCAUGUCAUUGUCUGGCACAAUUCUACGUGGCUAAUGGAGAGCUUUCGUGUCAGUUGUAUCAACGUUCGGCUGAUAUGGGAUUGGGUGUACCAUUCAAUAUUGCCAGCUAUGCUCUGCUAACCUAUAUGAUUGCUCAUGUUACAGGCUUGAAGCCGGGCGACUUUGUCCACACUCUUGGUGAUGCUCAUGUUUACAAUAAUCAUGUUGAGCCAUUGAAGGAACAAUUGAAGCGAGUCCCGAGAGCAUUCCCUAAACUGGUGAUUAAGCGAAAAGUAGAGAAGAUUGAAGAUUUUACAUUCGAUGAUUUCGAAAUCGUUGACUAUAAGCCUUAUCCAAAGAUAGCCAUGGAAAUGGCUGUUUAAAACACAAGAAGGGUAUAUAAAUGUAUUUAGGUUUAAGAUAUUUCUCUAUAUUUACUGUUAUUCAUAAGUUCUCAUAUUAAUUGGAAUAAAGAUGAGUCGAAUUUUUUAGAAACUUAAACGUUUUUCUAGCUUUUGGACCUCGGUCGUCUUAGA